AUGUCAAGACACGGGAAUUCACGACGAAAUGAUAACCAAUCAAGAGAUGCCCAACUUAUGGGAAUUUAUCUGGCGCUGGAGAUUGCGGCGGCUGAAGAAAGUGUCCCGCGCAACAUUCCUUGUCGAACCUCACGUCUACAAGGCAGAUAUUACAUAGAGGAAGUUCUUGGCAAUGACACAAGGUGUUACGAGAAUUUCAGGAUGAACCCUCACGUAUUUCAUAAUCUGUGCGAUACGCUAAGAGCAAAUUGUGGAAUCAGAAAUAGCAGGAAUGGUAUGACCGUCGAGGAGAUGGUCGGCAUGUUCUUAAUGGUAGUUGCACAUAGUACGCGCUUGGUCGUGGUUGCCGAACGAUUUCAGCAUUCUACGGAGACGGUGUCACGAGUCAUCAAGGUAAUAGCUCAUGGAAUUCAUUCGUUGUCACCAACGUAUAUAAGACGGAGGAACGUUGAUGUACAACCGGAAAUUCAGAGUUGCCGAAAAUGGUACCCAUUCUUUCAGAAUUGCAUUGGAGCAAUCGAUGGGACACAUGUGUCUGCUUGUGUUCCAUCAUCGGUGAGAGGCGCGUAUCGCGAUCGGAAUAAUGAGAUUACGCAAAAUGUACUCGCCGCUUGUUCGCAUGACAUGAUGUUCACUUAUGUCGUCACUGGAUGGGAGGGUUCUGCUCAUGACUCUCGAAUUCUGUCCGAUGCCGCUACAUUGGAAUUAUUUCCUGCACCAUAUGGCGGUAAGUUCGUCAUGCUCAUAUCGUAUGUUCCCUUCUCAAUCGCGUAUAUAUUUUCAUAA